AUGACUGUAAGGGAGUAUGAAGCGGAAUUCAACAGCCUCAAGAAGUAUGCUGGGCGAAUCAGUGAGGAAGCCAAGGUGUUUGGCACAGUGGCGCAUGUCCAUCCUGGUAAGCAUGCGGGAAAGAAUCAAAAGCCGGUGAAGAUUGGCUUUUCCAGCAAGCCGAAUGCAACAGGUCGCUGUACGUGUUCGACUUGCGGGAAGAUUCACUCUGGUGUCUGCCGUGCUGCUACGGGAGCUUGUCACCGUUGCGGAAGUAUGGAUCACAAGGUGCGUGAUUGCCCUGAGGAAGAUCUAAGGCCGAAGAGCCAGAACAAGGGUGCUGGGGAACGUGUGUGCUACAACUGCGGCGAAACGGGGCGCUACAAGAAUCAGUGUCCGAAGGACGCACAAUCUGCUGGGAAGCGUCCGAGUGAUGGGCCUCAGCCAGCGGCUAAGAGGCAGACCAUCAUGCCGCGGGUGUACACAAUCGGGGAUGAGUCAAUGGACCCAAGCAUGUCUCGUCCGAUCACUGGGGAAUUUCAGAAAGAACCAGAAGAAGAAGUAAGAGUUGUUCGGGCAGCUGGUGGUCAGAUCAUGUACACUUCAGGAAAAAUUCGAAACGUCUCUGUGAUGAUCAGAGGAGUGAACAUGCCAGCCAAUUUGGUCGUUUGCCCAGUGAAAUCAUACGAUGUGAUCCUUGGAAUGGAUUGGAUGAGUAAAUACAAGGCACAUCUUGAUUGUCAUCGUGGCCGAGUUCAGUUUGAGAUAGGCAAUGGAAAGCUUGUCUAUUAA